AACUACAAAGUGUUUAAUCCACAGGGAAAGUAUACUUUCUCUGAUGGACUGGAGUACCAAGAGAAGGACUGGGAGUUUUGUGAUGGCUAUGACAGACAGUUCUACACUGAGAGGUGCAAUGGACUCAAACCUGCAGGGGAGCCUCAGCUGACAGACUCAUUGCGUGUCAUCCCAGUUGGCUGCUAUGACUGUGGGGAUGGAUUCUAUGACCCCAACGCCAGGGUCAUCACUGACUAUGAGCAUCAAUUUCUCAGAAACACAGAUGACUAUGAACAUGAGUGGAUUGUGUCUACUUGUCGGAAGAGCUGGGACGAGAAAGUUGGACAUUCACCUGAAAAACUAGGCCACAUUUCAGAACUGGACAUUGAGUUGCAGGCUUGAGCGGGAGAAAAAACAUUAAAAGGCAGCUCAUUUAUGGAAUGUUCAACUGUGGUGCAUACAGGCCUACCUGUGAAUUAUAUUUCGUGAAAUCUGAAAUAUCCUACAUGUUCGUUUUUAUUUUAAAUAGGUUUAAUUUGACCAGAUACAUAAAAACAAAAUAGGUAAGCCUAUUUCAGAUGCACAACAACACGUUGAAGCACAUGUGAGCUACUGAAAGAAUAUACUCAUUUAGCCCCCUCCCCACCAAUCCUUGAUUUAUAACUUGUAAACCCUUUUGUUACUUGUAAUGUUUUGUCCUUAAAUGUCCCUGCUCUGCUCUCUCUGCAUGGUGCCGAAAUGACUGUACUACCAGUGCAGGCCAAUGUAAUCAGUGUCAGAUUGUUCUCUCAAGUGUCCCCGAAGACUCAGCAGCUUAAUGGAUGCAAAUGAACAUGAAAUAUGACUCCCUCUUAUAUAGGCUAUGCAAGAUAUCCAUCAGCACAAUAUACUGUUUCCGAUAGGCUUUGUUUCAGCCAGGCUUCUAUUUAGGUGCCUUACUAUAUUUCUCAAUAUAAGGCUUUGGAUCCAGUAAUUGCAUUUUCUACUAUAAUGUUGUGCUGUAGUGUUUUUGCCCAGACAGACAAGCGUAUAUUUGCGAGUGAGACGUUUUAGUCUGUCUCGGCUAAAGCUGCCCUUUGAAACAGGACCUAGGUUAGAGGAUCAAUCUCACGAUGCAGCCUGACAGUGGCUUCCUGUCUGUGAUGGCGCUCAGCUGGGCUUGCCGGACGAAUCAGCUGCAGAGUGGUGGAGAAGAAGAGGGGAGGAGAUGAGUCAUUACUGCGCACACUGACCCAUGAAGAACCCGCCAGCUCAGCCAUCGGCCUGUGAUUGCUUCCUGCCCAGCGCCGGGCACACACACUUUUACACACAGACACACAAAUUGACACACCGAGACAUGCAAGUAUGCACACACACAACCAGGUACGCACCGGACAUACCAUAAUACUUCAAAUAAUAGCCCAGGCGUUUAUUUGCUUUUCAAUCACUGAACACAACCGCCAGGUGUCUAUUUCCUUAAUGCACACAGCUUUUGCUCAGAAAAAUGUUGUGAAGUCUACCAUACUGUUUAUUGUGACCGGUAUAAACAUUAUAAUAACACACCCAUUGCUCUUUAUCUACUUUUGAGCACUCUCAAUGGUGCUCAAUAAAGUUCAGUCGUGAACAAAUAACUUUAGACCCAGCAUUUAUUUGAAACAGGUGUUUAUUUGUUGACAACGCGUGCCGAUUAUUGGCUAUUAAAUGAGACAGGCGGCUAUUUGAGACUGGAAAAUGCACACACACCAGAAUGACCCGCAGAGGCCUACAGUGCCUUCGGAAAGUAUUCAAACCCCUUGGCUUUUUCCACAUUUUGUUACAUUAUAGCCUUAUUCUAAAAUUGAUUAAAUAGUUUUUUUCUCUCUUCAAUCUACUCACUAUACCCCAUAAUGACAAAUGUUUAAAAAAUAAAAACAGAA